GACGACAACUGGGGCGAGACCACGACGGUGGUGACGGGGACGUCGGAGCACAGCAUCUCUCACGAUGACCUCACCCGCAUCACCAAGGACAUGGAGGACAGCGCCCACCUGGACUGCUCCAGGCACCUGGGCGUCUCGCUGGCCGGGGCCCUGGCCCUGCUGGCCUUCCUCACCCCCCUCGCCUUCAUGCUCCUGCCCCAGCUGCUGUGGCGGGAGGAGCUGGAGCCUUGCGGGACGCCCUGCGAAGGGCUCUUCAUCUCCGUGGCCUUCAAACUCCUCAUCCUUCUGCUGGGCAGCUGGGCUCUUUUCUUCCGUCGGCCCAAAGCCUUUUUCCCUCGAGUCUUCGUCUUCAGAGCCUUGUUGAUGGUGUUGGUUUUCCUCCUGGUGGUCUCCUACUGGCUUUUUUACGGCGUGAGGAUCCUGGACCCCCGGGAGAGGAGCUACCAGGGGGUGGUGCAGUACUCGGUGUCGCUGGUGGACGCCCUGCUCUUCGUGCACUACCUGGCCGUGGUGCUGCUGGAGCUCCGUCAGCUCCAGCCCCAGUUCACCCUCAAGGCCGUUCGCUCCGCCGACGGGGCCAGUCGCUUCUACAACGUGGGACACCUCAG